AUGACAUCGGCCGCCCACCCGGAAUCAUCGCGUAAUAGCGUCUCAUCCGGGAGUUUCAGGCCGGAUCUCGGGAAGGACUCGACUCUUAUGCCUCCUCCGAAGACGAUGGUCGGACGAGCGCUAGGGAAUGAGCUGCAUGCCGAUGUCCACCGAGGAUCCCAGAAGGAUGGUGUCGGUUCUGCCCUAACAGAUACUCCGAUUUCUACCGCUCCUUCGUCCCCACAAUUCGGCAUUGGUGGUCGUCGUGUUUCUCGAGUUCGAUCAACCCGCAAGGGUGACAACUUCGCCCAACCCAUCGGCCUGGUUCACGAUCGUUCUACUGCCGAAAACACUCGGCCCUCGACGCCCAGUCGCGUUCGUGCAACCACCCUUGAUAUCCCCGGUCUCACCAAAUCCAAAGUCUCUCCCGACGGUCGCAUUGCCCAACGCGAUGUCGGGGCAAAGCUGGUCAUUGUUAUGGUUGGCCUCCCCGCUCGCGGGAAGAGCUACGUCACCAAGAAGCUGGCUCGCUACCUCAACUGGCUGCAGCACGAUACCGAGAUUUUCAAUGUGGGAGAACGUCGCCGUGUGGCCGCCGGCAAAUCCCCUUCGCCAGCCGGGAGGCACAGGGAUUACAGAACCAGCUCCAUCCACAAGGACCUCGUCGAUUCAGUCCGCCGUCUCAGCGUCAACGUGAACACCACGGACUCGUCCCCCCACAACAAACUGAUUCCGCCCGAGGGUGAGACCACUUCCCCUCCCGAACUCGAGAAUGCUCUGCCUCCGCCGGCCGUACCGACGAAGAUUCUCGUCAAUGGCCUGGAGACUGAUCCGUCGCAGCCGAACAGAAGUACUGUGAUUCCUUCGGCUCUCGCCGGCCCUCUGGACCAAGAGGCCAUAAAGGAAGCCUCCCCCGAGCCCUUGGACCAGUCCGCCAGCUUCUUUGAUCCCCAAAACCAACAGGCGGUGAAGUUGAGAGAGCAGGUGGCCCUGGACACCCUGGACGAGCUGUUAGACUACAUCCUGGACCAGGGGGGCAGCGUUGGUAUUCUUGACGCCACGAAUAGCACCCUGGAGCGCCGGAAAACGGUGGUCGAGCAUAUCCGCAAGCGGGCGGGUCCUGAGCUCGGCGUUCUAUUCCUCGAAAGCCGCUGUUUGGACCAAGAACUGCUGGAGGCUAACAUGCGCUUGAAGCUCUCGGGCCCCGACUACAAGGAGCAGGACCCGGUAAAGGCGCUGGAGGAUUUUAAAAAGCGUGUCGCGCUAUACGAGAAAUCCUACGUACCGCUGGGGGAAUACGAGGAGAAGAACAACAUGGCUUAUAUCCAGAUGAUCGAUGUGGGACGCAAGAUCGUGUCGCACCAGACUCAAGGAUUCCUGUCGUCGCAGGUGGUCUAUUACCUCCUGAACUUCAACCUCUCUCCGCGGCAAAUCUGGAUCACCCGACACGGGGAGAGUAAAGAUAACCAGGCAGGUCGCAUUGGAGGCGAUUCGGAGCUUAGCGGGAAUGGGCACCGAUACGGCCGGGCGCUAUCUCGGUUCAUUGAUUUACAACGAAAACAGUGGGAAGCUCACCAGAGGCAGAAGGAGAUCAUGAGACGAUUCCCGCCGCGCCCGGGCGACAGCACGCCUCCCAACCCUUCAUAUAUCCCAAGCGACCGGCCGCGCAAUUUUUGCGUUUGGUCAUCCAUGCUGCAGCGCUCCAUACAGACAGUUGACUAUUUUAAUGAGGACGACUACGACGUCAAGCAGAUGAAGAUGCUGGACGAACUGUAUGCGGGCGAAAUGGAAGGCAUGACGUACGACGAGAUCCGUGAGAAGUUCCCCGACGAGUUUGCGACGCGCCGGAAACAGAAGCUGUAUUAUCGGUACCCCGGGCCCGGAGGCGAAGGGUAUCUCGACGUGAUCAACCGGACGCGAGCGGUGAUCAUCGAGGUCGAGCGCAUGACCGACCACGUUCUGCUGGUGACCCAUCGAUCGGUGGCGCGUGUCCUGCUGGCAUACUUCAUGGGGCUGAAACGCAACGAAGUGGCGGGCUUGGAUGUGCCACUGGGGAUGCUGUAUAUGCUGGAGCCCAAGCCGUACGGCGUGGAAUUCAAAGCCUACCGCUACAACCCGACGACCGACUGGUUCGAUCACAUUCCCGAUUUUGCGCUGCGUCAGAGUACACACUGA